UAAGAGGUAAGCCACAUGCAGAAAUUUAAAGAAUAUACUCUCAUGUUGUUCUGGUGCUUUCAACAGGCAAUCUCGACAAAGUGUCUACAUUACCCAUCUUUGAUGUUGCGUUGCCACCAUCAAGAUUUCAACAAUGACCUUCAACUCUUUCUACCACGUUCAGUAACUUUGAUCCGGGACAAAGUAUCAGAUGCUCUUGGAUUCAACAUCAGAGGAGGAAAGGAACAUUAUUGUGGAAUAUAUCUCUCCAAGGUGAUGCCAAAUACCGAAGCUGAGCGACUAGGCCUAAAAGAAGCAGACCAGAUACUUGGCGUAAAUGGUAUCAGUUUUGAAGAUAUUGAACAUGCAGGAGCAGUGAAAAUUCUCAAAUCUAAUCAACACAUUGAUAUGACCUUAAGAUUCUUCCCUUAUGGUUAUAAGAAAACUUACGAGAAAGUUGGGAGAAGCCCAUCUUGAAGCUUGAUUCACCAUAAGUGUUUGAAAUCCCAUAUUAUUUAACUGAAAUUCCACAUUCCAGUUAAACGAGGGCAUCCACAUGACCACACAGUGCCUGAUGUGUAAACAUUGUUGCCAGAACAUCAACAGGAGUGGGAAUAUCCUCCGAUGACAUCAGGAGUGCAAAAAUUAAAGGCAUUGAUGAGACAAAAAACAUUGAAUAUAUAAUGUAUUUUACCUUGUAAUAAAUUGCAGCUAAUGCAUUCAUCUUGUUAACUAAUGUUUAAUACUGCAGAUCAAAGUAGCUUAAAAUCUGACCGGAAAAUGAAUCUGGAAUCCUCCAUACCAUAAAGGUAAGAACUUGCUUUCAAACAAAAUAACAGUUUUGGAAAGUUUAUUAAAUACAUGACUCGCCUGGAGUACAAUCCAACAAUAUCCAUAUUCACAUACUGUUCUCUUUGUUCAAAGGGCACUACAAAAUGGACUAUACUUAGUAUAACGUGACCACACGACAGUAUAAUACUUCCACAAGCAAAUCCCUGCUUAUAGAAAGUAUUUUACUUUCAAAAGGUUAAGUUUUAAUGGCAACUUUCAUAAGCUGGAACUAAAAAGUACUUAUGCAUGAAUAAAUAGUUUAAGAGCAAAGUGUAAUAUAUCAGUUUAGUCUUCAGCAACAUUUACAGCAGUAUAUACACAUAUUACAACACAGAAUGUCAUUACACCAUUUCCUAGGAAAUUUCAAUCAUCUUAUUUAAGGGGAGAAAUGUAAUGAAGGUUCCACCUAUGACAUAUGAGAACUUUCUCACAACAUGUCAAGUGUUGUCAUUAUAUCCUUAAACUUUCACGAAAAACAGCAGAAUUAGUCGAAGAAAUAUAUUUUAAAAGCAGUAAAUUGUAAUAGCAAUAAUGGCUUACCUAAGAAGAAUUGCUAUCAACAGUGAUCUUUUAUUUAACAACUUGGAAUAUGUAACAUCCAUCACAAGAAAGAAACAGGAAGAGUACAAAUGACCAGAAUUAAUAGCAUUUCCUCAGUGUAUCAUCCUUUGAUACCAGUAAGCCAUACUUGCUCAAAAACUGUCGGCUAAAUUUAUUUUGUGAACUGACCGAACCUUCAAAAAGGGUGGGGUGGAAAUGUUCCACUACAUUGUUUUUCUAAGUAGGAAAUUCCAAUAUUGUGUACAUAUAUAUAUAAAUCUGCAUGAUAGGUUUACCUAACAGUAUUUUACCUAAGAGUAUAGUGUUAAUAUCAGUCUCAAGAGUAUGCAAUACCUCCUUCACAUUACUUGAAACAAAAUAUUAUAAAUAUAGAGAAACUGAGAUCAAUCUAAAUACGUACAGUACUAUACUAACUUCAAGAGGAGAGAGUAACUGUUCAAUAUAGUCUAUGUCCCUAUAAUUUCAAAUUUAUACAUGAAUGCACUUGCAUACAAAGUUGACAAAACUGUAAGGGGAUAUUAUGAAAAAUAAUGUACAAAACUGUAAUAAAAUUAAUGUGAUGAAAAAGUCAAGGAUUACUACAUGUAUAAUAAACAUUCUAAUCUCUUGACUUAAAUAUUUGACAUUUUGUUUAACAGCAGUAGUUCUUUACCAAACCUUUGCUACCAAAAUUUGGUCCCGAAUUUCAAGGAAGAUUCCACCAAUGACAUAACUACAGCUUCACAAUACAAAUAAAAGAAUCUUGGAUACACUGAAAUGUAACUGUCAAAUAAACUACAGGUUACAUUUAGUUAUCACCUGUCCCCU